AUGGCUACCCGAACAUCGACUCGCCAGGCCGCCCAGAAGGCAAAGGAAGCCAUUGCGGCGGCUCCUGAUGUUAAAAGCCGAGGCACUACUGGCGCAAAGCGAAAGGGCAGUGCUGACAAGGGAGUGGAGUCUAAGCGUAGCAAAAAAGAGGCCGACAAAGAGCCGGACGAAGGAGAGCUGAAGGGAGAACCAGAGAAACCUGGCGAGAAGCCCGAGGACAAGCCCGAGGACAAGCCAGAGACCGAGUCAGAAACAAAGGCAGAAGAAAAAGCAGAAGAACAGUCAGAGGCGACACCUGAGACUGAGCAGCCAGACACUGCGAAAGAAGACAAGGCCGACGACAAGCCUGAAGAUAAAAUGGAGCUGGAUGACGAGAACAAACCCGAAGACAUGCAAGCAGAAACGAAGGAACCCAAUUUAGCUCCCGCCAAGAGCAACGAAGCUGGCGUCGAAACCUCACAGGAGAGGGAGGAAAAGGUUCCGUCAAACAUCCUUGAAAAGGGUAUCAUUUACUUCUUCUACCGGUCCCGAGUCAAUGUGACUGAUCCUCAGGGUGUCGAUGAUGUUGCGCGCACUUUUGUGGUGCUGCGACCAACUCCCUUGGGAGCUACCUUGAACGCAAAGCAGGGCCCGGUUGACACUGGUGCUAAAUGUCGCGUGAUGGCUCUUCCAAAGAAAAGAUUCCCGACCUCUGGUCGUGAUCGAGUUAUGGGAUUCGUCGAAAAGGCUGGGCAAUCCAUGAAAGCACUGCAGGAAAGCUUCAUUGCUGGAGGGCAAUAUGACACAGCCACCCAAGGCGAGCGUACCGUUCCUGAUGCCCGUCCGUAUGCAGAAGGCGUCUACGCAAUUACAUCUACCAAACGAACCUCUCAUCUGGCUUACGUUCUCACAAUUCCUGAUCAGAUUGGAUCACUUCAGGAAGACUUUGGCCUCCGGGCACGGGGCAGCUGGGUUGUGCAGUCGAAGAACCCAAAACACCCUGGGCCAUCGUACGCUCAACUUCCUAAAGAUCCCGAGUAUCCCGACAGUGUGCUUGCUAAAUUCGGCGACUACCGCUGGAGGCCGCUGGAGCCUGAAUUCAUCGAUUAUCCCAACGCACAGUUCCUUGUGGUUGGGGAAGCUGUGGACGAGCUUGGAAAGGCCGCAACUGCAGAGGAGGAUGGCAAGAAAGCUGAUGAGGAGAUGAUACAAUCUAUGAGGAUCUUGGUCUCGAUGCGAAGAACUACCCUGCCGUUCCGACAACUUGGGAGAGUCAUUCUAUACUGGACUGCUGCUGCUGCCAACAAUGACGUUGUGAACCGGACCAGCUGCGGCAGUCAUACUUACACCUACUCCGGCCUGGCUGGCUAUGGCUACAUUCCUUCCAACGCCACAGACAAGUAUGGCGACACUUUAGGUGGCUUUGGCAGCUCGGCCGCCUUUGACUUGGAGUCCUGGCGGCGCAUAGGGCCUGAAACUUAUACCGGACUGCUUUACUGCAUCCCCGAUCGUGGCUGGAAUACGAACGGCACUCUCAACUACCAAGCCCGCGUCCAUACACUCAACGUCACCCUCCAUUUACCCAGCAACAACAACUCCGCCAAUCGAUUCCCACCUCUGCCAGCCGCGAUCUACACCGGCAAUGGCUUCGACGACGACCCCACCAGUGGCCACGGCGGUCACCGCGUCUCCCUGGACGCCGAAGGCCUCGUCCUCACCCCGGACAGCUUCUGGGUCUCCGACGAAUACGGGCCCUACGUCUACCGGUUCGACCGCCAGACCGGCCGAAUGAAGACAGCCAUCGAGCCCCCACCAGCCUACAUCCCGCACCGCAACCAGUCCAUCAGCUUCAGCGCCGACAGUCCCCCCAUCUACGACCCGAACGACACCCCCAUCCCCGAAGACCCUGUGACUGGCCGCGCGAACAACCAAGGCUUCGAGGCCUUGACCAUCUCCCCGGACGGGAAGACCCUCUACACGAUGAUCCAAUCCGCUCUGGACCAGGAAGGCGGCACCAGUAAGAAGUACCGUCGUCCCGCGCGUCUCCUGCAGUACGACAUCUCCUCGGAGAUCCCGGUCCAAGAGCACGAGUAUGUGGUCAUGUUACCCACGUACUACGAUUACACCAAGGGCCACGACGUGGUGGCCGCGCAGUCUGAGAUACAUCUGCUUCCGGCCUCCGCCGCCGCGGGGGAUCCAGACGACAAGGCAUUCUUGGUCCUGGCGCGCGACUCCGGGUUCGGUCACGGCCAGGACGAGUCGUUGUCUGUGUAUCGGCAUGCGGACGUCGUGCGCAUCACGAGCAACACCACCGAUCUGAAACGGUGGCGGGGAGCGGAUGUGGUCAAUGGGUCCAUCGCCUCGGCCAAGGGGGUCUUGGACACCGGGAUCACCCCGGCGGAGUACUGUUCCUUCUUAGACUACAAUGUCGAGAGCCAGCUGGCCAAGUUUGGGUUGCAUAACGGUGGCCCGCAGGACCGUUUCCUGUUGAACGAAAAUUGGGAGAGCUUGGCGCUGGUGCCCGUGGAGCCGGGGCAGAAGGCGUCCGCCCGCGAGAGGGAGUACUUUCUGUUUAGUUUGAGUGACAAUGACUUUAUUACACAGAAUGGUCGCAUGAACUUCGGUCGGUUCAGGUAUGCGGAUGAGUCGGGAUAUAACCUCGACAAUCAGGCACUGGUCUUCCGGGUGAAGAUAUCAUCGUAA